AUGAUGACCUUGAACGCAACAUUGUAUCUACUUGGAUUUGCAGCAAUAAGUCAAGCGCUUACUCUAGACUUGACAGCUUCUCCUGGACAAAUUUGGAGCCAACAACUGUUUGGGGCCACAGGCGGAAACGCCCAAGUUUAUAGCGGGAACGGGCUGUUUCUCACCCCCGAUGGAUCCGAGGUCAUUGCAAUUGCAAACGAUGGUAAGGUAGCAUCUUAUCGCUCUAGUGAUGGACAGAUAAUGUGGAACCACAACCCGCCAGAUGAUGAUGGAAGCGCCACUUUCAGGGUUGAGACUUUCAGUGGGAUUGCCUUCUCCACGACAAACUCCGUAAGCAGUUUCAUGGUGUACUCUGUGACGUACAAGGACGAGGACAGUGCUGGCAACGACUACACCGUUGUUGUCAAGCGUGAUAUGUCUGGAGAUCUCCUUUCCGUAUCUCCGAGCUUGGAGGGAGAACAUUCGGGAAGUCCAGUUGUUUCAGAUGAUGGUAAUUAUGUCUUCUUGACCCACAACUCUCCCGACAAGACAACAGGUUACUUCUCCAUUCUUGAUGCGAAUCUCGAAAUUGUCGUUACAAGAUCCAAUGAGAGAGCAUUUGCACCACCAGGAAUCUACCAUAGCCCAGAGGAGGGCUUUUACGAUGGUAUUCCAGGAGUUGCCGAUGGAUCUUUGAACACCAAUGAUUUGAUCAUGUGGUCGUUGACUCCAGAAGUCCCGAAUGCCCCUGGAGGUAUUGGUCGCAUUUUUGCCUUCCAAUUUGCAAGAGACUAUGACAUUACAGAUGUCGACACACUCAACUACUUCAUUCUGGGGUCGGUUCGUGCAUUCCAGACAAUUACACCCCCUGUCAUCACGAACAAAGGACGCAGUGUCUAUUGGAGUACUUCCCGAAGUGAGUUUUUUGGCUUCAUUGGAAACCCAGGGGUGUACCGAGCUCGAUUCAACCGCAACCCAAACCUUAGGAUACAAUUUGAGAUGAAUGCGCAAUGGAGCGGACAACCAAUUUUCUCCACUCCCGCUGUAUCCACGGAAGCAGAUGGCAGUGCUGUUGUUUUUGGUGGAAGUGCAUCAAAUGAAUUCUUUCGUUUCGCCCACUUCUUCAAUGGGACUGAUGGCGUGGCAUCGAGAAUUUUGAUUGCGAGAACUCCAGUCACAACUGCGACAUCUACUCUCAUUGUGACCUCACCUGUUAUUGAUCCACUUGCAAGGGCCGUCUACUAUGUUGAAAGCGAUGGUACGUUGCAUCAGGCCAAUUACGAUACUAUAGAAGAUAUUUGGACCGAGUCCAUCUUGACUGAUGGGGUGCAAGGUGAAAUGGCAAUGAACGCAGAUGGUUCGAUUCUCUAUGUCAUGAGUGUCGAGGGCCGAAUCAUUGCCCUUGGCGUCGCCGAAGAGGACACUGCAAAGGCUCCAACAGGUGCUCCUAUGCCAACUUUGCCACCUGUCACAUCUGCACCUUCUGUUCCCCCAGUUUCUCAGCCAUCCUCUAGUGUACCGUCUAUGAGCGAACCCACAAGUGUACCAUCUAUUAUCCCCGUUUUAGAACCCACAAGUGAGCCAUCUAUGAGCCCCGCUUUGGAACCCACAAGUGUACCAUCUAGGAGCCCCAUUGCGGAACCCUCUAGCGAACCACCUACGAGCCCUACUGCGGAAUCCUCAAGUUUACCAUCUAUGAUCCCUGCAGUGGAUUCGACAAGUGAACCAUCUACGAGCCCUGUUGCGGAACCCACAACAGGUGAUGAGACUCCAUCCGAUACUACUGCACCCUCUACGAGCCCCGUUGCGGAACCCUCAAGUGUACCGUCGACGAGCCCCGUCGCGGAACCCACAACAGGUGGUACAUCUAUUGAUGCGGCGGGUGAUAGUGGUGCUUUCACAAAAUCCAUGCAGCUCGCUGUCAUAUCUCUUCUGUACACAUUCCUUCUGUAA